AUGGCUUCCCGCUUCGCGGUCAAAGCUCUUGACCAUGUUGUCUUAACGGUGCGCUCAAUUCCCGCAACCGUUGACUUUUACACCACGAGACUGGGCAUGAAGCAUGAGGUUUUCACAUCUGCCAAAGAUCCUGGGGUCGAGCGCCAUGCUCUCAUCUUUGGCAGCCAGAAGAUCAAUUUGCAUCAGAGCGGUCGUGAAUUCGAGCCCAAGGCCCAGAGCGUACAGCCGGGCAGCGGAGACCUCUGCUUUCUGACCGACACCAAGGUGGAGGAAGUCCUCGCGGAUCUCAAGGGCGGCGGCAUCGAGGUCUUGGAAGGCGGCGGUAUCGUCGACAGAACUGGUGCAGUUGGCAAGUUACGCAGCGUCUAUUGCAGAGAUCCCGAUGGAAACCUCAUCGAGAUAUCGAAUUAUGUCUGA